AUCUUAUUGGGAAGCCAAAGUAGGUAAAUCACAUUCAGCUAGAAAUUCAAGAGAGGAUUUUGAGUGAUAACUUUUUAGUUCAGCUAGAGAAAUGAGUGAUAGUGUAGCAAUAACAGCAUCAUCUUUGGCCAUUACUGAGAAAAAACCUCAAAGGCCUGGUGGUUGUGUGGGCAUUUUCUUUCAGCUCUUUGAUUGGAACCGUAGAUUUGCUAAAAAGAAGCUGUUUCCAAAGAAACUGCUCUCACCAGCUCGGUUGAAACAAGCUUCAAAGAAGUUUGGAGGGGAUGAGAAGCAACCAAAGCAUCGUUUGAUUGCUAAUGAGAACAGUGGAGGUUUUCCAAAUACAAAAAACAAUGGGAUGAGCAAAUGUGAAAGCAAGCGUGAAAUGAAAGCUCCAAGUUUGGUUGCUAGGCUCAUGGGUUUGGAAUCAAUGCCUACAGGACAAUGUGGUACACCGAAAAAGGCUUCACCUUCUGAAACUGGGAGCAAUAUGGCAGAGAAACUUGGUGCUCGGCCUGGCGGAUCUGAUAGAGAAGAUAUGAAUUUUGAGAAGGCUGAAAUAAAGCGCGAAUUGAGGCCUCAAAAGCUUCAGAAGAUAGGGCUGAGCGAAAGACGCCCAGUCAGUAGAUUUAGUGCUGAAGCAUUGCAGUUGAAGACUGUAUUGUCAAGGCCAAGAAAACAUCAGCCUAAAUUGGUUUCUCCUGUAAAAAGUCCCAGAAAUGUUUCUGGUAGAAAUGCAUCUAGGUUGAUUGGGGCUGCAAGUAGGAUAUUGGAACCGGGUUUGCAAAAGAAUAGGGCGAAAUGUGCUCUCACUUACCCUAAAUAUUUUUCUCCCUUGGAAGACAAAGCAGAUUUAGCAACACACCAUUUGGUGGAAGGCUCUAAUUCUUAUGUGGAUUCAAAGACUUUGAAGGGUACAUCUGUGCCUUCAUGUAAAAAUUGUGGUUAUUUGCUUCAUAGUAAGAAUGGUACACCAAAUGUUUCAUCACCUGUCUGUAGUUACUCUGAACCUUCUUGUGAAGGCCUAGGAAGAAAUAUGCCGAGGUUGCCGAUUAUCGGCAGCAGGGAUCAACACGAGAGAGUUUCUGAGAGUUCGUCCUCAGACGCCACUCCAGAAAUAGAUGAUGUAUCUUACUGUGCGGAACUCAUAUUGGGCAAGAGAACUAUUAGCAGAAGUCAAAUAGGGAUGCAUGGCGCCCGCCAAAGGAGCAAUGUGAAGAAGGAUGUAUCAUCUGUUACUCAUGUGGAUAAGAUUCAGAAGCAAAAUCAAACAUCUCAAAAUAGAGAGAGAGGUCUUAUGAAGUCUAAGCCAAGUAGUCUGCAGAGCAACAGAGUUUUAGCAGCUACAGAAUCUAUGAAUGAUACUAAAAGUUUUGUUGCACAGAACAGAAGGUUAGGUGCAUCUACUACCCGAUUGAGGAUGCCAGCCACAGCCGACGGCUGCAAGUUUGAAACUGAAAGAAAACCUUGUUCAAGGAGAAGUGAUUCCCUCUCUCCGGUGCGGAAGAAGCGAUUAAUGAAUGUUUCCAGACAAGGUGAAAGUUCGACUUAUGGAAAUGCGAGUUUGGGCAGAGAAUUGAGUCCCUACUCUGACAAAACAAGUAGAAAGGAUGUUUUUCCGAUUAGUUCUGGUGAUCGGCAUUCCACUAAACCGAAGUUGCCAUGUUUGCGAGAGAGUGCCGCAAUCAAUGAUAGUUCUGAGGGACGUAAUGUUGUUUCCUUUACAUUUAAAUCUGCAAUGAAUCAGAAGGUUGACAUUCAUGCAGAAGUCACAAAAAGGAAGUCGCAAAAUGGCUCAAGUUUUGGUGCUACUCCAGGAAGAUCCUUCUUUAAAGGAAAUGAUGAAACAACAUGCUUGCAGAAACCCUUACCUUCGAAAGGGGACACUUUAGGAGCACUUCUGGAGCAAAAGCUGAAGGAAUUGACUAGUGAAGAAGAGUUCGCAGAAGGGGGUAAGAAAAGCACUGCUACGAUCCUUCAGGAGUUAAUUACUGCAUUGAAUGCAGAGAGACAAUUUCAUCUGGAUAGUUUACCUCUUAGACCUAGCAGAAAAGAAGAUUCGUGUGAUUAUGCUGGUGUGUCCUCUAGAAAUACUUGCAUGAAUUUCCAGGCCACACCAGAUUCGGCAACCAAUGUAGUUGGGAAUUCACUUGAUAUUGAUCACCGUAGUCCAGGAUGUGUUCUUGAAGCUAGCUUUUCAAAUGACAGCUGCCUCUCCAGCAGUCCCAAUAGUAGCUCAAAGGACAAAUUGCUUGCUGAAUCUGUGGACUCUAUCAAUGAUGAACAACUCUUCCUAGAAACUGAUAGAGAUCUUUCGGAUUGUGCAACCUCAUUAUUCAGCCGGAGGAGUUGUGGAGCACUGAUCACAGACCAUGUUAACAACAUUUCUGGAGUGCUAAGCAAGAUUGAUCAGUUAAAAGGAAGCAAACUCAGUCACGCAAAAGAGGUCAUUUUGAGUGCUGAACUUUGUUUUGGAACCACACCUCUACCUGUAGACGAUGGGUUUUCUGUGAGCCAUUUCCUCAUCAAUGAACUUGAUAUGCUAUCAAGUCUUUUAUGGAUGACUUUUGGUCAGCUGCUCGGCUGUAACGACCCAAAACAGAUGAAUCAGCUUAAAGGAUUUGCUUUUGAUUGUGUAAUAGAGUACCUAGACAUGACAUUUGGUCGAUACUCAAAUUCUGGUUUCAGAACAUGGACCAAACAACCAUCAAGUAUGACUAAAGAGAUUCUGAUUGCUGAUAUUAUUGAAGAGGUCAAAGUGUGGACAGAUUUUGUUGGUUUGAUCCCGGACGAGUUAAUAGAAUGGGAUAUGAGCCAUUCUUUGGGUAAAUGGAUAGAUUUCGACAUUGAAGCAUUUGAGUGUGGCGCUGAAGUUGAUAGGCAUAUUCUCCAAGUAUUAGUAGAUGAAGUUGUUUUAGACCUCUACUGUUCUAGCUAAAUUCAGAUGUAACUCUUAGUAGUAGCUCCUUUUGUUUAUGAGAGUUUGCAAUUGUAGCCUAUCAUGUGGUAACUCUGGCUUCAAUAAUUUCAAGCAAAGUAUUUUGUACAAAUCAAUAGAUUCUGCAUCUGAUUGUAUA